GGGGAAAGGGAAAAUGAGAGGUUUAGCAACAGGAAAACCGCUAUGAGAACAUUCCAGACAGAGCUGAGUUGAGGCUGAGCGGGACAAUGAGGGGUGGGACAAAACUAUACACUUUGUAAAAAAAAUGUAAUCUUGCCUUUUGAUCACGGUCAAAGACAUCAACAAAAGCUUCGCUUUUCAUAGAAGUUGCUUGAGAACUCCCCUCGGGUCGGAAGAAGUUUGGCUCCGGGUCGUAAUUAUCGUCGUAGAUCUUGACCGCGAUGACAUCAACUAUCGUUGCUCCUUCGAGUAGUUUUCACCUUUUUCACAAUACCAGCUUCUAGUGGACAACUUUUUGACAGAUACGCCGUGGAAGGAUGUGAGUUCUAUUUGGCUCUCCACUUCAGCCUUUUCUUGAAGAAAAAUAAGUUAAAGGAUCGGAGACGUUGGUGUUUUAGAAGCACCGGAGACACACUUGAAGUGGACAUGGGAGACGUGCUGUGUUCACACGCAUCACGUUAAAAGGAGUGCUGAUAACAGAGAUGGCAGGCUCUGCUUGCUCAACAGCGGUACUUGUUGGACUGUUACUGUUGGUCUCUGCUUGCCAUGCAGAGUCAGAGGGUGAUGGUAAGCGGCUGUGUACGUGCGAGAAUAACAAAGGCACUUGUGUGAACGACACAUGCCGAGGGGAUGUCUGCUUCUACAUGUGGGUGCACGGCCACGAGGAGAAAGGCUGCUUCUCGAGUCAUAACUACAGAGAGCAAUGCCUCACUUCCUUUGAACGCUUCCACGUCUACUGUUGCAGAGAGGAACUAUGCAACGCCUAUGCCACGCCACCUCCAAACAUAGAUGGAGAGACAACAACGAUGUCCCCACAGCAGCCUCGUCCAGAGCUGUGGAUCACUGUGGCUCUGCUACUCUUGUUCAUGGUGGCCAGUUUAACCGGCCUGCUGAUAUUCCUGCGCUUCCGACGUGCACAUUCCCGCCUCAAAAAUGUUGAUGACCAUGAUGUCACCAUGCUCAAGGUCCCCAGUGGAGACGACCCUACAUAUGGUGGUAUAUUUGAUGAGUUUUGUACAUCAGGCAGUGGAACCGGACUGCCCUAUCUGGUCCAAAGGACUAUGGCCCGGCAGAUCUCUCUUGUGGAAUGUGUUGGUAAAGGCAGGUAUGGAGAGGUGUGGAGGGGAACUUGGAUGGGCGAGAGUGUAGCUGUCAAAAUAUUCUCCUCAAGGGACGAGCAAUCUUGGUUCAGAGAAACGGAGAUUUACAACACUGUGCAGCUCAGGCACGACAACAUCUUGGGCUUCAUAGCGUCUGAUAUGACGUCCAAGAAUUCCAGCACCCAGCUGUGGCUUGUCACGCACUUUCACGAGCUGGGUUCGCUCUACGACUUUCUGCAGUACAGCAGCUUGGAGCCCGAGAGCUGCCUGAGGAUGUGUCUGUCCAUGGCCUGUGGCUUGGUCCACCUCCAUACCGAGAUCGUCAGCUCCCAGGGCAAACCGGCCAUCGCCCACCGAGAUUUGAAAAGCAGAAAUAUCCUGGUGAAAAGGAAUGGGCAGUGCUGCAUCGCUGACCUUGGUCUGGCUGUGAUUCACUCUCAGUCCAAUGACUAUCUGGAUGUGGGCCACAACCCUCGAGUUGGGACUAAACGCUACAUGGCGCCGGAGGUGCUGGAUGAGAGCAUACGUAUGGAUGUCUUUGAGUCCUACAAGCAAACAGACAUCUGGGCCCUGGGCUUGGUCUUCUGGGAAAUUUCACGCAGAACAAUUGUAAACGGGAUUGUGGAAGAGUAUCGUCCUCCCUUCUUUGACCUUGUGCCCUCCGAUCCCAGCUAUGAAGAGAUGAAGAAAGUAGUCUGUGUGGACCAGCAGAGACCCAGCUUGCACAACCGGCUUCACUCCCACCCAAUUAUGACGUCCAUAGUGAAGAUCAUGAAGGAGUGUUGGUUCCAGAACUCGCCGGCCCGCCUCACAGCACUGCGGGUGAAGAAAACCCUCUCCAAACUUGACCAUGACAGUGACUUCAAGAUCAAAAAACUCAAACAGGACAUCUAGCUCACAAUGGCAAAAAUUGGAAGCGGACUCAAAAUAAAAAUUGUUUGAAGGGUU